AGGAGCUCCGCCCACAGACUAGAGGGGAGGAGCUCCACCCAGUCAGCGUCCCCUGCAGCAGGUGAUCUGUAAAUCUGGCGGGACGUCCUGAACGCCCGCCCCGUGUAAAACAGAUCUCGGCCGGCUCUCGGUGGCUUGAGCUAAGUCAGAGACGUGUCCAACGCUCAGCUCGACAGAUUUAGCAGCAGCUGGAGAAACAGAGUCCCGGCGUCGAGCUCCGGACGAGAGGAUGACUGAACCGGUCCAAAUGGAGAUAAACCUGGAGGAGGAAGGCAGCGGCUCAUCGGCCAACGUCGAGUACAAGGCCGCUCAUCUGGCGGUCAGGGAUCGCUGGAAGGCCACGGACGACACCAUGUGUCGCCACAGCAUGUCCUUCCACCUGCACCACACGCUCAGGAGCGAGUUCUUCGCCAGCUACCUGUACCUGGUGGAGAAGAUCCCUCUGGUGAAGCUGUUUCCCGUCACCUGUGAGUACAUCAAAGGGGAGAAGCAGUUCUACUACAGAGCCCAGAAGUUCUACGAGGACGUCCCAGCCUCGGAGGAGGGCAUGAUGGGAGACUUCGUGGACCUGUCCAACGUCGACCUGGAAGGUUCCCGACAGUUUCUGAAGAGGUUUGUGGGUCCCGGUAAGGCCGGCACACACCGGGCUCUGGACUGCGGUUGUGGUAUCGGCCGUGUGUCUAAAGGCGUCCUCCUGCCGGUGUUUGAGAAGAUGGAGAUGGUGGACAUGAUGGAGCACUUCCUGCUCCACGCUCAUGAGGAGUAUCUGGGGGACGACGCCGACCGCAUCGAGACCUACUACUGCUACAACCUGCAGGAGUUCACGCCGCCCAAGAACAAGUACGACCUCGUCUGGAUGCAGUGGGUGGCCUGCCACCUAACAGACAAGGACCUGAUGAAGUUCCUGAUGAACUGUAAGAAGAGUCUACGUCCGAACGGCGUCAUCAUCAUGAAGGACAACAUGGCGCGUCAGGGCUGUAAGCUGGACCCCAUCGACAGCAGCAUCAGCCGCCACCUGGACAUCAUGAAGUGCAUCAUCGCCAAGGCCGGCCUGGAGGUGCUGGCGGUGGAGAAGCAGGAAGGCCUCCCCGAGGUCAUCAUGCCCGUCUGGAUGAUCGCCAUGAAGUAGAAGUGACACUUUCACAGCGAUACGUCUCAGGUUGUUGUUUGCUUCCCUUUGAGAAGAAGGAGAAAGAGGAAAAAAAAAUCCAACCUAGAUCUGAAUUCACAUGUUAUUCCCGUUCCCUCCUCUUUGAUUUGUGAUCAUGUCUCUGCAAAGUGCAACAACACAGUAAGAAAUCCUCACAACGUCAUCAGAGGAUAAAUCUUGAGGCAGCGGCGUGGACGGCGUGAUGGCACCCGUGGAGAUUUUAUGGAGACAGGAGGUUUUUUUUCCUCCUGCUGCUCAACCACAAAAAUGAAAUAAAGCUUUCAGCGGAACGUUUAAGUUGUGUAGAGGGAAGACGGCAGCUCAGAGUCUAAGCGACCACCACCAGGUUCCUCAUCGAGACGACCUCGGUUCCCGUCUGAGGCUCCGGGGUCACUGGAAUAACAUGUGCGUUCUGAUUUACUGUUGGGUUUCCACCGGAUCCGUUUCAGAGUAAAUCAUCAGGUUAAACUGGAUUUAAAAACCAAAUACAUAUCACUCUUAACACGCACCAUGUAUCUGGAUUCCAGCGUUACAGGCCUUUAAAUUAACCUCCUAAUAAGUGUUCUUGUUACGACGUGAUCUGAGAACGUGUGUUAUGAGCUGCUGUACAUCUGGUACAUGAAGCUGGAACAUGCUCCUGCAGCAGGUCUGGACUGAGGACUGAGGACAGGAGGCAGAAAAUGCAUGAAAUGUAUGCAAAAACAAAAAAAAAAUGUGCAAAAUCUUAAAUCAACUUAAAGGACACGACUCUCAAACUUAAAAAACACGUUUGCAUUACAAAUGUACAUUGGUAAUGUAAAGGAAAAUAAAUAAAUAAAAACUUAUCUAGAUGUAUGUGCUAAAGCUAGCAUGUUAGCCAGCUAGCACGGUCCGUCUGGUAAUUGAAAACACAGAUAAGAGAGAUGGAGGUUUGAACCUGGAGUCCAACAAGAGAUGCAAACCACAAAUAAAUAAAUAAAUAAAUAACUAAUGCAAGUAACAGAAAGAUGGGAACCUACAGGAGCAAAGAGCAGCAAGAGACGAAGGAAAAGUUAUAACAGGGAAGGAGACAACAGACAGGAAGACACACACUAUCCAGACUUUAUUACAAAAUAAAGCAGGAAGCUCAGGAUUGUAGAAAAUGUUGAAAAGACGCUUCAUGACCUCAUUCUGCAGAAAUGAAAGAAAACUGAGCUGAGACAUAAAACAAAAACUUUAGGAUCUGAUCAUGUGCUUCAAACACUCAGCCACAGCGUCCAAGUCACAUUAACCCACUAACUUCCACACUAAGAAAUACGAUUAACCACAAUUACAUAUUUUUAAUCUAUAUUAAUAGAUAGACUCUGCAAAGUAUAUUCAAGUAUUUUGACAAAUCGUUAUUAAAAUGUUCACACGAUUGUACAGAUACAAUAUAAAUGACGUAUAUUUCAUCUAAAGCGCCACAUCUCAAACAGUAUAAAUGUCACAGCUUAGAUAUUUGUAUAUAUAAUGUGUUCACAGGUGAGACAUUGUGUGUAUUUUACAAACUGAAUGACUGUCAAUGGUUAGAAAACAGGUACAAAAUGAGGAAUUAAGCAUUUUAUUGUCUAAUACUGCUACAAAAUAGAUCGACUGUGUGAUUACAAAACCAGUCAAAGGGUUUAUCCAAAUUAUUUUUUCUUUUUUUUU